UCGUUGGAGUAAAACCAGAGUUCAAGUAGCGACGAGCCGCCCCUCCCCGCUCACGGGUCCGGAGGCGUUACUGCCGCCGAGCGCGCCGCCGCCUCCUGCCCUCCUCGACUCAGACGUGUGAGCUCGUCGCCUCCCCCGCAACGCUCACCGGAAACUGAAAGCUUUAUUAGGCCCUGCGCAUCCACGCGAUCCAAACCCCUGUCAAAACCCCCAGGCGCAAAUCGCAAAUCGAAAUCCCCAAACCCUCGCCCUAAAUUCGGGCACGACGCGAAACCCUCGCGCCGCCGCCCCCCGAUCCGGAGCGCUCCUCCUCCUCCUCCUCCUCCCACCCCCAAUGGCCGACUUCGCCGCCCCGCCCUCCCCAGCGAUGCAGCCGCCGUCUGAUUCCGCCCCGGCUCCCGACGCCCCGACCCCGAUGCAGGCGCCGUCCGAUUCCGCCCCGACCCCCGACGCCGACGCCGAUGCCAAGACCCCCACCCCCGCCCUCCCCGAUACCCCGGCCUCUGCCGCGGACCCGGAGACGCCCUUCUCGGACGUCGCCACCCCCUCCGACGCCGACGCAUCAGCCGUCGCCCCGGCCGACGGCCUCGUCGAGGACGACGGGAUCAACGACCCCUCGGGCGUAGCCGGCAGGAAGCACAUGACCCUGGCUCCGCCGGCGCCGCCCAGCAAGAAGUCCAAGAAGAAGGGCGGCAACUGCGUCUGGACCAGGCCCACCUCCCGCAAGGGCAAGAAGAAGGCCAAGCAGCCUGGCCACGCCGGGGCGGGCGGCUCCGGCGCCAACGGCAACGGCGGGCGGCCCAGGCCUUCCUGCGGCGAGGACGAGUUCCUCCUCACCCCGGCGCCCCGCCUCGCGGCCGCACUCAGUGACGACUCCCCUGAGCUGCCCGUGCUCCUCUCGCGCGUCUACAAGUCUGACAAGAUCGAGGUCUCUGAGGACCGCCUCACUGCUGGCAGCACCAAGGGCUACCGCAUGAUACGUGCCACCCGCGGCGUCGCGUCCGGCGCGUGGUACUUUGAGAUCAAGGUCGUGCACCUUGGCUCUUCCGGCCACACCCGUCUUGGCUGGGCCACCAGCAAGGCCGACCUGCAGACGCCCGUCGGCUGCGAUGGGUUUGGUUUCGGAUACCGUGAUGUCGAUGGCUCCAAGGUGUACAAGGCGUGGAGGGACAACUACGCCGAUGCGUAUGGCGAAGGAGAUGUAGUGGGGUUCUACAUUUCUCUUCCUCAAGGGGAGCUGUAUGAGCCCAAGCAACCUGACCUGGUUAAGUACAAGGGCAUGCCUUUCCAUGCUCAAGGUGUCAAGGAUGAGAAAAACACUCCAGUUCCAGUUCCUGGAAGUGAGAUUGUUUACUUCAAGAAUGGGGUAUGCCAAGGCACUGCCUUUUCGGACAUUCCUGGAGGGCGAUACUACCCAGCUGCGUCCAUGUACACACUGCCUGAUCAGGCAAACUGUGAGGUCAAGUUCAACUUUGGGCCUGACUUUGCGUUCUUCCCAGAAGACUUUGGAGACCGUCCUGUCCCCCGGCCAAUGAGCGAGGUGCCUUACCAGGCAUUUGAGCUGAAGAACGAGAUACCUGCUGAAAACGGUGUUGCUGAAAAGGCCGGUUAGUGUAGUUAUUGCGCUGAACAUACCCUGGAACCAGAGUAGCAGGUUGUUUAUUUGUUACUAUAUCGAAGUUUACUGAUGAACUUGUUUUAUCCUAGUUAAAAGUGCAGCAAACAGGCUGUGAUGGCCGUCGCUUGUUCCUU